UCGUCCAAUCCCCACGGAGGUGCUCCUCGCCGGCCGCGCGCGAGCGGAGAAAAUGGCGGGGCGGUCGGGGUCUUCGGACGCCGAGGGAGCGGGAGCCACGGAGCGGGCUGAGAAGGCCGGAGGGCAAGCCAAAUCCUCACAGAAAAUUGAAGACUUGCUGGAAAUGGUGAAGAAGUUGCAGAAAGCGGGAAGCCUAGAGCCCAGGGUUGAAGUCCUGAUUAAUCGGAUUAAUGAGGUUCAGCAAGCAAAAAAGAAAGCCAGUGAGGAGCUGGGAGAGGCCCGGACUGUUUGGGAGGCCCUGCAGAGGGAAAUGGACUCAUUGAGUGGAGAGAAAGUACGCCUGAAAGAGAUCUUGAACAAAAAGCAAGAAACCCUAAGGAUCCUCAGGCUCCACUGCCAGGAGAAGGAAAGUGAGGCACAGAGGAAGCAGACCAUGCUGCAGGAGUGCAAGGAGCGAAUUUCUGCCCUGAACUCCCAGAUUGAGGAAGAGAAGAACAAACAGAGGCAACUGAGGUUGGAUUUUGAGGAACAGCUGGAGGAUCUGAUGGGCCAGCACAAGGACCUCUGGAAGUUCCAUAGGCCAGAGCAGAUGGCCCGGGAGAUUGGCACCCUGGACAGCAGCAAGGAGCAACUGCUCAAGGAAGAGAAGCUUGUGGAGGCGAAGCUGGAGGAUGUGAAGCAUCGCCUUUGUUCCCAAUUUGGGGCUGAUGGCUGCUCGACCAUUGCUGAGGGGCUCUUUCUGCGCAGCCAGGAGGCUGCAGCUGCAGUGCAUCUGUUUGAAGAGGAGAACAGGAAGGCCCAGGAGCUCCUGGAGGCUGCUGCACAUCACCAUGAGCAGCUACAGCAGAAGUGCCAGCAGCUGCAGCAGAAGAGGCAGAGGCUUAAGGAGGAGCUGGAAAAGCUUGGGAUGCAGAUCCCUGCUCAAACCCCAAGCAAACAAGAAGAAGGGGCUGGCCCAGGAGAACCUGCCAGUCCCAAGCUCCUAGGAGUCAUCGAGGAGAAAGACCCAGAGCUGCCCACCAAGCAAGGCCCUUUGCCCUCCUAGCCAAGGAGGAUUCCCCCUGCCCUGCAGCAUAUUCCAAGAACUUCAAGAAAUAAAAGCACU